UUUGAAAUACAGCAGUCGCAAAGGUUGCACGUCGCGCAUGCGCCUUUGCGGCUGUCUUCACAUGUGUUUCUUUUUUUCGGAGGGGAGCAUGCCUAAGGUUAAGCGGGCGAGGGGCUCUAAGGGGCCGGAGGGGAACGUUUCUCUGGCUGAACAGAUUAUCCAAGGAGAGUUAGUGAAGCCCAUUACGCGCGUGAAAACAAGGGGUAAAGGGCAGGGCGGCGACGAAGAAGAGGAUGGGUAUGUAGAUGAGAAGCUCUCCCGGAGGAUCCUGGAGCAGGCGCGAAUCCAGCAAGAGGAGCUGGAGGCCGAGCACGGCGCUAGCAGAGAAGAGUCAAAGAAAACGACUUUCCUGGGACCUACAUCAAAGGAUGGAAAUUCAGACACAGAGGAUGAUGAGUGGCCAUCUCUGGAGAAAGCUGCAACCAUGGCGAAAGGAGAGUGCUGUGAAGAGGUGACUGUGAAUAUGGAAGAUGAAAAGGCUAUUGAGAUGUUCAUGAACAAGAACCCACCAUUGCGGCGCACCUUAGCAGACAUCAUCACAGAGAAGAUCACAGAAAAACAAACGGAAGUAGAGACAGUGAUGUCAGAAGUAUCAGGUCGGCUCAUGCCACAGCUUGACCCUCGUGUCCUAGAGGUCUAUAAGGGUGUCAGAGAAGUUCUGUCAAAAUACAGAAGUGGAAAACUGCCCAAAGCCUUCAAGAUCAUACCAGCAUUAUCCAAUUGGGAACAGAUCCUUUAUAUCACAGAACCAGAAACAUGGACAGCAGCUGCCAUGUACCAAGCAACCAGAAUAUUUUCAUCAAACCUCAAAGAGAAGAUGGCUCAGAGGUUUUACAACUUGGUGCUACUCCCUCGAAUCAGAGAUGACAUUGCUGAAUAUAAACGGCUCAAUUUCCAUCUUUACAUGGCAUUGAAGAAGGCCUUGUUCAAGCCUGGAGCCUGGUUCAAAGGAAUCCUUAUCCCCUUGUGUGAAUCAGGAACAUGUACACUGAGGGAAGCCAUAAUUGUGGGCAGCAUUAUUACACAGUGCUCUAUCCCUGUUCUUCAUUCUGGGGCUGCUAUGCUAAAGAUCGCUGAGAUGGAGUACAGUGGUGCCAACAGCAUUUUCCUUCGCCUACUCAUUGACAAGAAGUAUGCCUUGCCCUUCCGUGUUGUAGAUGCGCUCGUCUUCCAUUUCCUAGCUUUCCGGACAGACCAACGCACCUUGCCUGUUCUUUGGCACCAGUGUCUCUUGACUUUUGUUCAGCGUUACAAAGAAGACCUCUCCUCAGAGCAAAAGGAAAGCCUCUUGGAGCUGCUCAGAUUCCAGAGCCAUCUCCAAAUCUCCCCAGAGAUCCGCAGGGAACUGGUGAAUUCUAAGUGUCGAGAUGUGGAGGGAAUGCAGCCUGAGGCAAUGGAAUGAUUCGAAGAUAUGGAAAAAGAGCUUAUUUCCCUUGAAUGUUUUAGGUGUGGUGACUUUGCUUAUAGUGGGGCUUCAAGGAGAAGAAGGCAGCUGAGUUGCUUUUGCAGCUGUAGCAAAUUGUUGAGUGAACAUGUUUAAAUCUCUGUUUGACAAGUUUGAGAGAUUUGUUUACAGUUGCAAAGGUGGAAGCAUUUGUAACUUUCUUUCAGCUUGAAUACCCUUUUGUAUUGGUAUGGGUCCCUUUUAGAGGCUGGGAUUCCUGUCCCCACCCUUCCCCCAAUUAUUAAACCCCUUCCUGGUAGAAUUAUA